CCACGCGUUGGGUUCGUCAUGUUUACUCUUAAGCCGUGGUCUCCAUUCGUGGCUCAGUCAAGGAAGAAAGAAGUUCCUCAAAGCUACACACCACACAAGUGAUAAUACCAACAAGGCGGGGUAGCCAGGUAUACUAUAUAUACUACACGUCCUCCGAGACUUAGCACUCCCCUACUAACACACAUCGGUCGGUGCCCGUCAGCGCUUCAACGAUACAAGAAUGGCGAGCAGCGUAGGCCUGAUCACCCUGGUGAUAGUGAGUAUAUUGGGCGUGUCCAACGCCCUCAGUGUGGCCCCACCCUCAGACAAACGUUACCAGUUGCCUGACCAUCUACAGUGGCUCGGUAACGCAGGGUUUCCGGCCGGGGGCCAAGCGCCCGGUAGUCAUCAACUGAUCCGGAAAGAGGUGAAAAAGACAAACAAGACGCGCCUGGACGUGAGCUAUCAGAAUGACCAGUCGCAGGUAGAAGAAACUGCGUACCAGCAUGUCGGACAGAAACGCCAGAACGCUUGCAAGAGCGCAAACAGCUUCCUCAAGACCAAACUGAAGAACCUGCGCCAUCAAUACAAGCAGAAGAUGAAGGCUAUCAAAAAAAUCAUCAUUAAACUGCUCGAUGACAGCUUCGACGACCCCAACGAUCCCUUGGCGGAUUUCUGUACCGUCAACGGCGAGGUGGUCGACGUUCCAACGUCUAACGCGCCGCUCAACGAUGAAAACAUCCGGGCAGCCAACAGCGAGGAACCUUGCAAGGUUAGCCCAUGGGCGGAGUGGAGCACUCUGGCGUUCGGUACCCUCGAGAGACGCCGGCAGGUGGUUCGCGAGGGGUGCGGCUGCCCCCCUGAGGAUGAGCUGGUGCAGGUGAUCGACGUGGGCCACUACCUAGGGAACAACACAUCGCAGGAGUUUCAAAACCCUGACGUUGUUGGUACUAAUUUCGACGACGAUUUCCUCAACCACUUCGGGGGCAACAACGGCAACGGCGAUAACAGUGGAGGGAACGGCGGCAACACUGGGGGAUACGGGGGCGGUAAUGGCGGCAACGGUGUUGGCAACAAUGGUGGUAACAAUGGCGGCAACAAUGGCAUCAACAACGGUGGCAACAACGGCAGCAACAACGGCGGCAACAACGGCAGCCUUGGGAACGGCAAUGGUGGCAAUAAUGGCGGCAACAACGGCGGUAACGGAAUUGAUGGCAACACAGGUGGUAACGGCAAUGGCGGCACAGGAAACGGUAAUGGCGGCUCCAACAGCAUCGGUAAUGGUGGGUCCGGAACCAGAUCAACUAUUCGGGAUAUCCUUCUUGUCCUCGAUUCUUCCGGUUCCAUUGAAAGUGACGAUUUCGAGCUGAUGAAAGAUGGCGUGGUUAUGAUGAUUGACUUAUUUUGCGGUGGUUUUGGGCCCCUCAACACCAACAACCGCCUCGCCAUGGUCCAGUUUGCUAGUAACGUCACCGUCAUCCACCGAUUCAGCGACUCGCAGAAUCCUUUUGACUUAAAGGAAAAGGUGCGGAGACUCAGGCACUACAAGGGGAACACGUGUACCGGAAAUGCGCUGCAGACUGGCUUGAAGAAAGUUUUCACUUUCCUUUAUGGCAUGCGUGACUUCACCGUGAAAGACACCCUGAUCGUGACCGAUGGCCAGUCCAACUGUGGCAUUGACAUCCGUCGCGCGGCCUCCGAACUACAGCAUGCCAGCAACGUCUUUGCCCUUGGCGUCGGCAUAGCUGGCAAGGUCAAGGCCAGAGAUGAAGUCAAGUCUGUCGUUUCGAUGCAGGAUCCUCAUCACAUUUUCUCUCUAGCCAAGUUCGCCGACUUCAAGGCAAUGGUAGAAAACCUCAAGAGAAACAGGGCUACCAACAACCCGUGCACGCCCAUCCAAGAACCUUGAACCGCCCCAGAAUGAGGUCAAAGAGCGGUUUUGGUUGGGAGCAUUAACCUGGUUUCGGCAGAUUUUUAACGGAAUAUGUUGGGAAUGUGACACUGAGCCUCGAUGUGGAAGAUUGUUCUGUUAGGUUCUGACUUUAAAUUACAAUAAAUCAAAUGACGUUACAUUUUGAACCUAGAACUGUUGAAAGAAGCUGAUCUGUCUUAAGAUCGUGUAACAGGUUUCCGCCUGCUUGUCCAACUGUAUAUAUUAUACAUUUACACCUGUACGAACCCGCAGCCAAUACUUGUAUUGUUUGUGAAUAAAAUGACUUUCACAAACUC